AAGUUGGACCGAAUUGUUUAACAAAACUUAUUCUUUUUUUUUUCUUUUUUUUCUCGUAUCUCCCACCCACUACCGUAAUCAUCAUCACCAUUCGAUCAACGCCCUAGGGUUUUCUAAGAAAAAAAAACUUCUCCUUCUCCUAGUCGAGGUCUCCGAUUGGAUCGCCGCCCCUAAGAGAAAAAAGAAACCCUCACAAAUUCGCCCAAAAAUAAAACCGAAAUUGUCGUAACGGCGAGCGCCCUUUAUAAACCCUAACCCUCUUCGUCGAGAGGCCUCGCGUUUACGAUCGAUUCCGAAGCAGGCGAUCGCCCCGAUCGGAAUCGAAACGCCCUUCCCCCGCAAUCUUGAUCGAGAACCUUUUUUUUUUUUUCUUUGUUUUUGGUGGUUGAGGAACGGAUCCGGAUCUUUCCUGUUUAAAACCCUAGAUCUGUUCGAUUUGAACCUCCGAUGAAGAACCCGGACGGAGAUCUCCGCCCCCCUUUUGAUUUAAAAAAGAGGGGUUUUUGAUUGAGAUUGGAAGUGGGAAAGGACCUUUUGUUGGUGGAUUUAUGAAAGAUCUAUAUAUCUUUUUUCAAAGAUUAUUGAAUAAUCAGCUCUAGAUCUGUUGGAUUUUUGAAGGGGGGGUUUUGGUUUAAAUCCCCAAAUUUCUUCUAAAUCUGCCCUAAAAUGAUGAAAUCGGUUGUUUAUCAUGGGAAUUCCCUAAUCGGGGAAGUCGAAAUCUACCCCCAGAACUCGAAUUCGGUCUCAUGGAUUAAAGAAAUCCGGAUCUCUCACUUCUCCCUGCCCAGUGAGCGGUGCCCGCCACUGGCCGUUCUCUACACCAUUGCCUCCGGCAACCUACGGUUCAAAAUGGAGUCAAAGCCGUCGCCAUCGGAUGAUUCGCCGUUGUUUCAAUUGCACACAGCUUGUCUGAGAGAGAAUAAGACCGCAGUUAUGCUAUUAGGAGAGGAAGAAUUGCACUUUGUAGCCAUGACUCCUAGAAAAAGCAUUAUGAACUACUCAUGUUUCUGGGCUUUUAGCAUACCACGAGGAAUGUACAGUUCUUGCCUCACCAUGUUGAAUCUUAGGUGCCUCGGAAUUGUUUUCGAUCUUGACGAAACCCUUAUAGUUGCUAAUACAAUGCGUUCGUUCGAAGACAGAAUCGAAGCUCUUCAGCGCAAAGUAAGUAAUGAGACAGAUCCACAACGUAUUACUGGCAUGGCGUCUGAGAUCAAGCGGUACCAAGAGGACAAAUCAAUCUUAAAGCAGUAUGCUGAGAAUGAUGAAGUUGUUGAUAAUGGGAGGGUGUUUAAGGUACAGUCUGAGGUCGUUCCACCCUUAUCUGAUAGCCAUCAAUUGAUCACCCGGCCUAUUAUAAGGCUACAAGAGAAGAACAUCAUUUUGACUCGAGUAAAUCCAUCGAUACGGGACACUAGCGUUCUCGUACGGCUUAGGCCUGCAUGGGAAGAUCUACGAAGCUAUUUGACUGCAAAAGGCCGCAAGCGCUUCGAGGUCUAUGUUUGCACAAUGGCAGAGAGAGAUUAUGCUUUGGAAAUGUGGAGGCUUCUUGAUCCUGAUUCAAACUUGAUUGAUUCUGCACAACUUCUUGAUAGGAUAGUAUGCGUCAAAGCAGGCUUAAGAAAGUCACUUCGUAAUGUCUUUCAAGAUAGAAUCUGCCAUCCCCGAAUGGCUCUAGUGAUUGAUGAUCGUCUUAAAGUUUGGGAUGAGAAAGACCAACCGCGGGUUCACGUUGUCCCAGCAUUUGCCCCGUAUUAUGCUCCUCAAGCAGAGGUAAAUAGUCACAUUCCAGUGCUCUGUGUUGCCAGAAAUGUCGCAUGCAAUGUUAGAGGUGGUUUUUUCAAAGAAUUUGAUGAAGGCCUAUUGCCACGGAUUUGUGAAGUUCUCUAUGAGGAUGAAAUAAUUGAUCUUCCAUCUGCUCCAGAUGUAGGCAAUUAUUUAAUUUCAGAGCAGGAUGAUAAUUCGGCAAUAAAUGACAAUAAAGACCCUCUCUCUUUAGACGGUAUGGCAGAUGCUGAGGUUGAGAGGAGAUUGAAGGAAGCAAAUUUUGGUGCCCCGGCUGCUAAUCUAAUACCCAAUAACUUCGAACCAAAUCCUAUUCCUUCUAUUCAGCACAUCAUGCCAUCUUCAGGUGCAGUUUCUUUGGGAGCUCCCAAAGGAAUGAUGCCUUUGGCUAAUAAUAAUUUGUGCCCUCAGCCUGUUCCGUUUAGUAGCAGGCCGGUAGCUCAACCUGGACUUCCGGAACCUGCCUUGCAAGUUCCAGCGAGAGAAGAGGGUGAGGUUGCUGAAUCAGAAGUGGACCCAGAUACAAGGAGAAGGCUUCUCAUUUUGCAACAUGGUCAAGACACAAGAGAUCCACCACCUCCUCCUCCUUUUCCAGUGGGGCCCCCUUCUCAUGUCUCAGUUCCUCCUCCUGUGCAGACAAGGGGAAAUUGGUUUCCGUUGGAGGAAGAAAUGAAUCCUAGAAGCUUGAAUAGGCCUCCUAAAGAAUUUCCUUCAGAAACUGAGACUGCAAGGUUUGAUAAAAAACGACCGCUAAGUCCAUCCUAUUUUCAUAGCGGGGAGAAUCCAAAUCCAAAUCCAAAUUCUUUCAAUAGAAUCAUUAAUCCGAGCCAGAGGUUUCCGGUGCAGUUAAAUCAUGGAGAUGAUCGGUUUCAUUCAACUCAUGCAGCGUCAAACUACAGUUCGUUCCCUGGUGAGGGGAUGCUUACAGGGCAGAUUCCCUCGAGCCAGAGGGGUGUUCGUGCUGAAUCAGGACGGGCCUUUGCUCCGAACAUGGAAACUCCAGUCGGAGUUCUACAAGAUAUUGCGACAAGAUGUGGUUCUAAGGUGGAAUUUCGAACAUCUUUAUUUGAUACUAAAGAACUUCAGUUCUGUAUUGAGGUUUGGUUUGUUGGAGAUAAAAUAGGUGAAGGAGUUGGUAGAACAAGGAAAGAUGCUCAACGUCAAGCUGCAGAGAUCUCUCUCCACAAUUUGGCUAAAAAAUAUUUGUCGAAUACGACGUCUGAUCCAAAUAUGCCAGCUCACGUGAAAGAAAAUGGUUUUGUUUCCAAUUCAAAUUCUUUUGGAUUUCCAGCAAGUACGAGGGAUGAUUUUUUGCCAAUUGCAAGCACUUCAGAUGAGUCUCGAUUUAUGGAUCAAAGAAUUGAUGGCUCAAGAAAGAUCACAGCUGUUGCCGCCCUCAAGGAACUAUGCACUGCAGAGGGAUUUAACUUGGUCUUUCAAGCUCAGCCAUCACCUUCAGAUGGUUCACUUGGUAAAGGAGAAGCUUAUGCACAGGUUGUGGUAGCUGGUCAAAUCUUAGGUAAAGGAGUUGGAAUAACCUGGGAAGAAGCUAAGCAGCAGGCUGCUGAUGAGGCCCUUGGAACUUUGAAGUCUAUGCUUGGUCAAUUUACUCAGAAAAACUCGGGCUCUCCAAGAUCACUUCGAGCAAAUCCUAACAAGCGUUUUAGAGUUGACUUUCCACGGGCGGUACAGAGAAUUCCAUCAUCUGGUAGAUAACAAAGUGCCAGUAUUUUUCUUCUGGUGAAAUAUUUUCCGUUAAUUCAAUUGUCAAGAUGAGGCCUAUCAACCAGAGGGAGUGAGUUAUUAUAGCAGCUUGUGGAGGGGCCUCAUUUUCAACCUAGCGAGUCAAAAUCAUUUCAAAGAUAUCGGCAACAAAGUUGACCAAAUAUCGAUUCAUCAGUACCAACCGUUCAUGGCAGUUUGUACAUAUUCUUCAAUGCUGACCAUGAGUUUCAAAAUCCAACUUCGAUUCCAUUCUGAACCUGUGGAAGAGUAGGGUGUACUGUUUACUCUCCACGAGUAGUCUCUUUCCUUUAAUGAGAAUUGGGCCACGGAUUGCAGCUGGGAAUUUCAGAGCUUGCGAUCGGAAAACCGUCGCUUGUAGAUAAGCUUCAGCUAAAACGUCUGUUAAUCGCACGCUGCCAAUUUUGCCACGUGGCAGUUGCGUGGAAAAUUUCAAUCUAUAUGUAGGUUUUUCUGGCUUUUAGCUGUAAGAUUUUGUGGAAGCUCGUCAUACAAUAAUAAUGAGAUUAAGAUUGUAAGUUCUCCUGCUAUUCAUUUGAGAUUCUUCUCCAGUUUUUCCAUCAAAGGUCGUGCCGAGAGGAGCUUCUUCUGAAGCUUCUUUGAUGUUUGGUUUGAAGCUUUGUGCCGGCCCGUAUGCGGUUUUUUCCUUUUCUUUCUUUCUUUUUUUAACAUGAGUUUUUUUGCGUUGGCUGUGUAAGGGUUAUCUGUUGGCUGGAAAUGGCCAUUCCGAUUCUUCUCCAGCGGGAAUUGUUGCAGAAUGGAGACUCAAGAUGGCUCCGAAACGGUGCCCAUUUACGGCUUACAUUUUGUCGCAUCAUGUAGAGCAGUGAUGCUUCUGUGAUUAUUAUUGCAUUCAGGCAACUAGAUCUUUUUCGGCGGCUAUCAAAUUUGGUCGGCCGUGAAUGUUGUGAUUGUCGGAAAUCCUUUUGAGAUCUCAUUAAAUUGGAGCUUAUAUUUUUGAA